CGUCUCCCUCUUUUGAUCGCAUCACUCAGUGACCUCAACCGGACCCACGACAACCUCAGAUUCUGUCCGUUGCUCCAUUUCUUCCCCCCUCCCUCUCUCUCUCUCUCUCCCUCUCCCUCUAUAAAGAACGGACCUUUGAUAAGAGAAUCAAAGAGGGAGGGACUGAGAGACUAUUAGGUUUCUAGUUGGGCUUUUCCGGACACCAUCGGAGCAGCGCAGAUGGGCGCCGACGAGGAGCACCGAAGCUUGAUCUUCACGUAUGGGACCUUGAAACGAGGCUUCUUCAAUCACAACCUUGUUCAGGACAUGAUCCGAACAGGGGACGCCGUCUAUCUCGGCGUUUACCGAACGGUGGAGAGUUACCCACUUGUCUGCGGUCCCUAUAGAGUCCCUUUCCUCCUUAACCUCCCGGGAUGCGGAGAGCGAGUUUGGGGAGAAUUGUACGCCGUGUCCGCACAAGGGCUCGCUCGGAUGGACGAGUUGGAGGGAACGAGUCGAGGGCACUACGAGAGGUUGCCGGUGGAGGUAUGUUCGGCAAGCAGCGGCGUCGAGAGCGGAGAUGGAACGAUCGUGGUGGGUGCGGAAGCGUAUUACGCGCACAGGAGUUACGGAGAAGAGUUGUGGAAAAGGAAUGGGGAGAAGGGGUUCAGGAGGUAUUCCGAGAAAGAGGCGAGUGGUUACGUGAGAAGAAAGGAUAGGCCUCAGCAUCUUACUUUUCUUCAACAGAUUCAGUUGUUUUGUUCUCAUUCUCUUCCCCCUAUUCCUCCUCCUCCUCAUCAUCAUGCGGUUGCUUUGGCCGAUUGAUCGAUCGAUGAUCAGUCAAAGAAUUUAAUAUUUGAAUUAGCUCGAUUUUUGUUGUUGUUGUUGUUGCUCAGGUUUUGCAUCUGAAACCUGGUUCUGGGUUUAAUCUUGCCCUUGGUUAAGAAUAAGGAUAGGCCUUUAGUUGUGACUUGUUCAUGUAUGCAAACCUUAAUAUUUGAUAUUUGUGGUUCUGGUUCUAGUUCUUUUGCUGGCUUUAUAUCAUAAGGCUAAAGGGCAAAGGCUCUUGGGUAGCUGUAGUUCCAUACUUAAAUUUCUUCAUUUUCACGAGGACUCAAGUGGUAGAUGAGAAGUGUUUGGAUGUUGGUCCAGGGGGAAGACCCAUACAUAUAUGCUUGAUUAGAGAUGAUCUUGUGAUUCCAGAUGAUCAACUUCCAGUUGGGGGAUUUUAUAUGGAUGGAACCUUCUAUGAGUAGAAUGUGAACAUGGAAUAUGAUUUGUGAUCUACUUGGAUUAGAAUC